AUGCGGCCGGGCUCUUAUAGAUUUUGUUACUGCGACACCGAUUCUCUCAUGUUGGCACUUGAUAGUAAAAAAUUGGACGACUGUGUUGCUGAAAAAUACAAAUCCGAAUGGAUAAGCAAGAUCAAGCCCGCCUGGUUUGCAAAAACAGAGUGCCCCAUCUCCGAGAAAACGCCCGGCCUGCUUAAAGUUGAAGGAUCCCUUUCGGCUGGUUGGUACUUGGCAUGCACGCCAAAAUGCUAUCUAAUGGCAAAAACGACGCACCUCGACGAAAUGGAAAGAAAAAUUCUUCGCUUUGCCAAGAAAUACUCUAAUGGUGUUUACUCGGAACAGCGCGAUUCUGAUGCCAAAGAAAUCCUCGCAGAUAUGACGCUUCUUGAGCGCAGCCAAGGCUCAAAAACUCCUUACAAUAUUGUCAAAAAAUCAUCCAAGGGAUGCAAUCUCGACAUAAAGCUCAGUCUUUAUGCAUACAUGUGGAGUGUUUUUGGCUGUGAUAUGAGAAAUCGUCUCGAAAAGCCCAUCACUUCCUUCCAAAUGGAUAGAAAGCGCAAUCGAAUGAAGACCACCACAAUGCAAAAGAGAAUAAUGAACCCUCUGCUCAAGAAGCGACACGUUUGCGACGAUCGUAUAAGCACUCUUCCCCUUUUCAAUUCUGUUACAAAUCAAUUUUUGUAA